AUGGAGGAUAAGCCCAGGCUGCUUGGAGAGGGCGGCUUUGGGAAGGCCUUUUUGAACGAGAAGAAAGGGCUGGUGAUCAAAUUGGCAUCAUCUGCCAGCAGUUACCACACCUUUAUUCUGGAAGCCUUGGUCAUGAAUCUCUUUGCCGAAUACCGCAGCGGCUUCCAGCGCCUCGUAGGCCUCUGCCCACAGAAACUAGGUCUCGUGACCAAGUACGCCGGUCGUUCUCUUGACUACUAUGUCAGCUCCAGAAAACUGGACCCGAACCAUAAGUUCACCAUCUUGACGCAGCUCUGCAAGAUCCUGUCGGACUUGCACCAGCACGGCUUCGUGCACAACGACGUCAAGCUGCAGAACGUGUGUCUCAGCAUGACCGCGUCUGGCCCCGCGGUGACCCUCAUCGACUUCGGCAUCACCUUGCUGACCGGCUGGAAAGUAGGCCUAGAUACAACGUGGGAUGCAGCUAUGCCCUACGCGCCCGAGAUCUGCGGCAGGGACAGUGGCGCGUGCAGUAGGGAAUCCGACACCUUCAGUGUCGGCCAGCUCCUGCGCUAUCUCUUCGAAGGCCAGCGGUUGCCACCCCUGCUCAGCAGCUGGCACGCUAAGAGCCAGUCCAGGCACCCGAGCGAGCGCAGCAACCUGUCCCUGUUGGUGAAGUACGUGGAGGAGCAGAGAUUAUCGAAUCUCCGCUUUGGCCGCUGA